AGGCCGCGCGCUCCGGCCGCCGCCGCCGGCCCCGGCGGAACCCUAGGAGGAGACCCCGCCUCGCCGGGGGCACACUCGGAGGCCCUCCGGCGAGGAGGAGAAAAAGCCCCAGCGCGCGCGAGAGCGGGGAGGAGGGGGAGGCAAGAUGAGGAUCAUGAUAAAGGGAGGGGUGUGGAAGAACACGGAGGACGAGAUCCUCAAAGCGGCCGUCAUGAAGUACGGCAAGAACCAGUGGGCGCGCAUCUCCUCGCUCCUCGUCCGCAAGUCUGCCAAGCAGUGCAAGGCCCGCUGGUACGAGUGGCUCGACCCCUCCAUCAAGAAGACUGAAUGGACAAGGGAAGAGGAUGAAAAGCUACUGCAUCUUGCUAAACUUAUGCCUACUCAGUGGAGGACAAUUGCACCUAUUGUUGGUCGGACACCAUCUCAGUGCCUUGAGCGUUAUGAGAAGCUUCUUGAUGCUGCCUGUGCAAAGGAUGAGAAUUAUGAGCCUAAUGAUGAUCCCAGAAAGUUGCGACCUGGUGAAAUUGAUCCUAACCCUGAGUCAAAACCUGCACGUCCUGAUCCUGUUGAUAUGGAUGAAGAUGAAAAGGAGAUGCUUUCAGAGGCAAGGGCUCGCUUAGCUAACACCAGGGGUAAAAAGGCAAAGCGGAAGGCGAGAGAGAAACAACUUGAAGAGGCAAGGCGACUUGCCUCACUGCAGAAAAGGAGAGAAUUAAAGGCAGCUGGCAUUGAUACGCGGCAGAGGAAGAGAAAGAGAAAGGGUAUUGAUUAUAAUGCUGAGAUUCCUUUUGAAAAGAGACCGCCUCCAGGCUUUUAUGAUACUGUUGGAGAGGACAGGCCACUAGAGCACGUACAGUUCCCAACCACUAUUGAGGAACUUGAAGGUAAGAGAAGAGUAGACAUAGAGGCACAAUUAAGAAAACAAGACAUUGCCAGGAACAAGAUUCUGCAGAGGCAGGAUGCUCCUGCUGCAAUAAUGCAGGCAAAUAGACUCAACGACCCAGAAGCUGUCACAAAGAGGUCUAAAUUAAUGCUUCCACCACCCCAAAUUUCUGAUCAUGAGCUAGAAGAGAUAGCAAAGAUGGGCAAUGCUAGUGAUCCUUCUUUAGUUGAGGAGCUUGGCGAAGGUAGUACUGCCACAAGAGCUUUGCUUGCUAACUAUUCCCAAACUCCAAGGCUUGGAAUGACACCACUGCGGACGCCACAAAGAACUCCAGCAGGGAAAGGUGAUGCUAUUAUGAUGGAGGCAGAAAAUCUUGCGCGUCUAAGGGAAUCUCAGACCCCUCUUCUAGGAGGGGAUAACCCGGAGCUUCACCCAUCAGAUUUCUCUGGUGUUACGCCACGUAAGAAGGAAAUGCAGACUCCAAAUCCAAUGGCGACACCUUUGGCAAGCCCUGGCCCUGGUGUUACCCCAAGAAUUGGUAUGACACCCUCCAGAGAUUCAAGUUCUUUUGGUUUAACUCCCAAAAGUACUCCUUUCCGAGAUGAGCUUCGCAUAAAUGAAGAGGUGGACAUGCAGGAUAGUGCUAAACUUGAGCUUCGUAGGCAAGCUGAAUUGAGAAAAAGCCUACGGUCUGGGUUUGCUUCUAUUCCACAGCCUAAGAAUGAGUACCAGAUAGUAAUGCCACCUAUCACAGAGGAGGAGAAGGAAGAAGCUGAAGAGAAAAUUGAUGAGGAUAUGUCAGACAAGCUUGCACGAGAGAGGGCUGAGGAACAAGCGCGGCAGGAGGCCUUACUCAGAAAGAGAUCCAAAGUUUUGCAGAGGAGUUUGCCAAGGCCACCAGCAGCUUCUAUAGAAAUUCUCCGGCAAGCUCUAAUUAAAGGUGGUGAAAGCAGAAGCCGAAGUACCUUUGUGCCACCUACAUCACUUGAACAAGCCGACGAACUAAUAAAUGAGGAGCUCCUAAGGCUCCUGGAGCAUGAUAAUGCUAAGUAUCCUCUUGAUGAGAAAGCUCAAAAGGAUAAAAAGAAGGGAAGCAAGCGCCAGGUGAAUGGGGUGCCUUCUGUACCUGAAAUUGAAGAUUUUGAUGAGGAUGAAUUAAAAGAGGCUAGUUCUAUGCUUGAGGAGGAGGUUCAAUACCUUCGUGUUGCGAUGGGACAUGAAAGCGAAUCUUUGGAGGAUUUUGUGAAAGCACAUGAUGCAUGCCAAGAUGACCUUAUGUUUUUUCCUAAUAACAACAGCUAUGGUCUUGCCAGUGUUGCUGGAAAUGCUGAUAAGAUAGCUGCUUUGCAAUAUGAAUUUGAAAUUGUGAAGAAGAAAAUGGAUGAUGAAGCUAAGAAGGCUUCUCGGCUUGAGCAGAAAAUCAAGCUUCUGACACAAGGAUACCAGGUACGAGCAGGUAAACUCUGGUCACAGGUCCAAGAUACAUUCAAGCAGAUGGACACUUCAGCAACAGAGCUUGAAUGCUUCCAAGAGCUACAGAAACAGGAACAGAUGGCUGCAUCUUACCGCAUCAGAAAUUUGACCGAAGAAGUAAACAAACAGAAAGCGUUAGAACGGACUCUCCAAAGCCGCUAUGGUGAUCUGUUGACUGGUUACCAGAGGAUCCAAGAGCAGAUUGAGGAGCAUAAGAGGCAACUAAUGAUACAAGAGGAAAUGGAAGCACAGAAGCGUGCUCAGGAGGAGGAAAUGGAAGCACAAAGGCGUGCUCAGGCUGAGCAAGAAAAAGAAAGAGAGAAUCAUAGUGCUGAAGAGGAAGCGGAACAGAUGGAUAAGUCUGCUGACGAAGAAGCUGCAGGAAGCAAUCAAGUCGAUGAGGAUCAGAUGGAUGUUGACAAUUCUACUGCUGAUGGUGAAUUCGUAGGUCCAAUUCCCCCAGGACCAGAUUCUGAAGGCGACAACAAUGCGGUAGCUGUUGAACAGAACUCUAGCUCGCACAAUGGUGAUAAUGCUACCACGGAUGAUGCGGCUUGUAGCAUGAUUGAUGAUGCAUCGAAAUUGGGAGGUCAGGAUCACACCGACAGCAAGAGUGAACUUCCAACUGUUGGUGCCAAAGUAGACGAGGGAAAUGCUGCUGCAUCUUCUGAUCAAGAUGCCUCAAGUGAGGCGAACGCCACUGUUCCUGAAUAGAACUUCAUUUCUUGUACUUCAUCUUCAAGAACGUCACAAAGCCAGCAGCGAAGGGAUUAAAAGGCAAACUGCACGUUUAAAUUGUGCGCUGAAUUUUAUUCGCUGCUUGAUUGUAAGUGAACGACAAAAUGGUUGUUGUACAAUGUUAAUUUUGUCAAAUUCCCAUUGAGGACUCUCAACUCUUUGAAAUGCUACAAACGCGUGCCAUGCGCGAUGUGCGAUCUAUGAAAGAAAUUGAACUUGA